CUCCACUUGGAGGUGUGAUCCCAAGUGGCGGCAAAAACGUCUCGAUGAAUGUCGGGUACGAGCAGCCGAAGAAUGACUUCAUGAUCAUGGGGUACACGGUGGAGUUCCCCGACGGGAAGAAACCGUUCGCUGCGCAGUUCGCCGUGAUGAACAAGGUGCUUCUCGCGCUCAAGAAGGAGCAGAACGCGCUCCUUGAGAGCCCGACCGGCUCGGGUAAGACGCUGGCGUUGCUGUGUUCAUCGCUGGCGUGGCAGCGCCAGCAUGCGACUGAGGUGGCAGGCCGCAACCGGGCGAACGUCGAUGCUUUUGUCGCCAGCAAGUUGAGGGAAGCUCAAGCCAAGGCCGCUCGGGACGAGCAAGUGGCGCGUCUGUCCGCCGAGCAAAGGCUGGCGUCGCAUGCACUGGGCGAUCCCAUCCGGCCCGUCAACGUCACCUCCAGUACUGGCGGCGCGAGUCAACCUCUCCGCCCGCCCAACCUGGACCUCCUCGACCAGAGUCAAUUGCUGCAGGACACGGAUCGGUUGAACUCGGAGCUGAUGAUGGUUCCCGCGUUCUACAGCGCUGUGGACCGACCUCAGAAGGAGUUUGAAUUGGCGUGCAUGAUUCUACGCGCAGACAUGCUGCGAGGUGGCAACGCCAACCGGAUCACGCUGCAGUUCCAAGGCUGGCCGCCCAAAACGUACAUGCUGGACGACAGCACCGGUCACAUCCAGCCCGUUGUUGUGGAGCCAACGACAUCUCCUUGCACCGACCAACCCAUCAAACCAUCUCCCAGUCCUCUCGUCAAAGCCGAGGACAAAGGACACGACGACAAUGAGGAUGACGAUGAUCUGAUGCCCAUGUCAUUCUCACAGCUCGAAAAGCAGCCCAAACCCAGUCGUACUCGAGUGACUAGUCAGUCCAAAUAUGGCGCAAAGUUUCCACCAGAAUCCCCUGAGCUAAACAUCCUGAAAGGGCUCGUUCAAGGCGAUGGAAACGCCAGUCCAUUCCUGCCAUUCGACUUAGCUGUAGCAGGAGCAGCAGCUGUAGCCCCACCUGGACAAGCCGUAGCCGUAGCCGCACCUGGAGCUGUAGCCGCACCUGGAGCAGCUGUAGCCGUAGCCGCAACCGGAGAAGUUGUAGCCGUAGCCGCACCUGGACAAGCCGUAGCCGUAGCCGUACCUGGAGCACCUGGAGCUGUAGCCGUAGCCGCGCCGAUGCCAGCUACGAUGGACGCAGUCAAGAAAGAAAAGGUGCCACAGAUCUUUUUUUGCUCGCGAACGCAUUCCCAACUGGCGCAGGUGAUUCAAGAACUGAAAAAGUGUCCAUUUGCCAGUCGAAUUAAGAUGACGCUGCUGGGCUCCAAGAAACAUUACUGUGUCCACCCCCGUGUGCGAAAAUUGGAAGGCGGCAACCUCACCGACGAAUGCGCCGACCUGCUAGACUCGAUGACAUGCAGAUUUCAAACCAAGGGAAAACAGCGCAACGAAAUCCGACUACAUGCCCCACCAGUGUGGGAUAUUGAGGAUAUGGUCGCGCUGGGAGACCAUUUGAAGGAAUGUCCUUACUUUUACGCCCGGUCGCAAGAAGAUAUCGCGGAAAUCGUGUUUUGCCCGUACAACUACAUCAUCGAUCCGCAAAUCCGAUCGUCGUGCUCGAUUACCCUCAAGAACGCUGUUGUAAUCUUCGAUGAAGCGCAUAAUAUCGAAGAUGUGUGCCGCGACGCCGCGUCCUUUGAGCUGCAUCAGGCCAGUCUGGAAGACAGCGCUAAGAUCCUCACGACUGCGCUGCAGAACCCUAACGUAAGCGACUCCAAGAAACAUGACCUGAAGCCUCUGCUUAAACUCAUCAACGGAUGGAACCGGUGGCUUACAAACGUCAAGCCGACGCUUAAACCCAUGGGGUACGAAUACGAAACGCGGCAGUACAGUGGUCCUGACGCCGCGGCCAUCUUGAGUGAAUACUGUGGGUUAACCCCCGAAUCGCUCGACUUUUUCAAAAUGGCCAUGGAAGCUGUGAUGACGGACGAGAACAUUCCCGAGGGCGAAUUCGCCCCCGACGAAACUACGAAAAAAGUGAAACUUGGCAUGGCCACUGUGAUGGCGUUGUCGAGUAUUUUGAAUGUGGCCGACUAUUUAUUCCGCAACAAGAUGCAGUACAUCAACGACUUCAAACUGGCAGCCGUGCGACAGCGCGGGUACGGACGCCGAUCGGGGGAUUGGGAGUACAAAGCGUGUGUGUGGUGCCUCUACGCUGGCGUUGCAUUUGGCGAUAUUACUUCCCAAGUGCGCAGUGUAAUCUUGACAUCGGGCACUCUGAGCCCCAUGACGUCGUUUGCAGGGGAAUUGGGCACGGCAUUUCCCAUCACGCUCGAAGCCAACCAUGUUGUAAAUAUGCACAAACAAGUGUGGCUUGGCUCGCUGGUGCAAGGGCCGCCGAAACAUCGCGAUUUUAGUGCCACGUAUGCCAACCAGCAGGAUUUGACCUAUCAAGAUGCACUGGGGGACCUCGUGCUCAAUUUAUGCCACAUUGUGCCCGGAGGAGUGUUGGUCUUCUUACCAUCGUAUCGAUUCAUGCAAUUACUCAGUGACCGAUGGACCACGACGGGCACGAUGGCGAAAAUGGAGGCAAUAAAAACGUGUUUUGUGGAGCCCCGGGGCGCUGGAAAGGACUUUGACGCGUUAUUGGACGAGUUUAAAACGUCUAUUCACCACAGCCGCCAGCCCAAUGCCACAAAAACGGGGGCACUGUUUUUGGCCGUAUUUCGAGGCAAAGUGAGCGAAGGAAUUGAUUUUUCGAACGACAAUGCGCGGGCUGUUGUGGCCGUGGGGAUUCCGUUUCCAAACAUCAAGGAGCAGCAAAUUGCACUCAAACAACAAUAUCAAAACGAACGGUCCCAAUACGACAAAUCGUGUGCCCCGGGUCGCGUAUGGUACGAACACCAGGCGUUCCGAGCGUUGAAUCAAGCUCUCGGUCGAUGCAUCCGCCAUCGUUUGGACUAUGGCGCCAUCUUUCUCGUGGAUUCUCGAUAUCGCAAUGAUCGAUACACGGGUCAGUUGUCGAAAUGGACACGAGGCCACUGCCAAGAGUACCAAGUGGCAGAAGAAGCACUCGAGCACGUGACCCACUUCUUUGGGCGUGUGGGGAUAGAUCCCGAUUUGCAAGGACAUGUCGAAGCCGCCAAUAAGCUGGCGGCGCCCGUCGCAGCGAUGGCGAGGAAAAUUCCCAAAUUUGGAAAACCCACCGCUACGUCCACUGGGGGGUGGAAACCCAAGAAGCCCAAAACCAUGCACUCGUUCUUUCCCCACGCAAACUAACACUACACUGUAAUAAAAUAGUAUUGUGUUUUUAUCCGCAA